UCAGAAGUAUGAACAGUGGCAGUAGCGCUGCUACGGUCGGGCUGCUCGGGCUAAGAGGACGGGCUACGAGAGGAGGAGAGAAACUUUGAGCCAUUGCGCGGGCAAAAGUUCAGGUACCAUCAGUGGCUGAAGGAUGUGCACUUCUCUGAGCCCUAAGGUCCGAGGCCCUGGCCUCUCUGAUAUGCACCAGUAUAGCCAGUGGUUGGCCAGCAGACAUGAGGCUAAUUUGUUACCAAUGAAGGAAGAUUUGGCGCUAUGGCUGACAAACUUGCUGGGCAAAGAAAUAACAGCUGAAACCUUCAUGGAGAAAUUGGAUAAUGGUGCUUUGCUCUGUCAGCUAGCAGAGACUCUACAGGAGAAAUUUAAAGAAAACUGCAUUGAAAUCAAGUUUGGGAAGAAAAUGCCAGUGAGGAAAAUCCACUGCAAAGCCAAUGCUCCAUCUGGAUCUUUUUUUGCACGGGACAAUACAGCAAAUUUCCUAUCUUGGUGCAGAGAUGUGGGAGUGGAUGAUACUUGUCUCUUUGAAUCUGAAGGGUUGGUCCUCCACAAGCAGCCCAGAGAAGUGUGCCUUUGUUUGCUUGAGCUUGGAAGGAUUGCAGCCAGGUUUGGUGUAGAGCCUUCUGGAUUGAUAAAGCUGGAGAAAGAGAUUGAACAAGAAGAAACACUUUCAACUCCUCUUCCUUCUCCUUCCCCUUCUCCGACAAAGUCACCUGGCAAAAAGAGCACAGGAAAACUCCUGGAUGAUGCAGUCAAACAUAUUUCAGAAGACCCUCCUUGUAAAUGCCCUAGUAAAUUUUGUGUGGAGCGCCUUUCUCAGGGAAGGUACAGAGUUGGAGAGAAGAUCCUUUUCAUCAGGAUGCUUCACAACAAACACGUAAUGGUUCGUGUAGGAGGAGGAUGGGAGACAUUUGCAGGAUACUUGCUGAAGCAUGACCCCUGCCGAAUGCUGCAAAUAUCUCGGGUGGAUGGCAAAACCUCUCCCAUCCAGAACAAGUCCCCAACCAUCAAGGACCUGACUCCAGACAGCUAUCUGGUGGUUUCUGCUCAUUACAAAACCAAAAAAGAGAUUAAGUGAAAUUGCCUUCUCAUUUCUUUGGGGGACUUGGUAUAUUUAGACCCACUCUAUUCUUCAUGUGUAGUCAAAUUAGUUGAUGCUUUGAAAAGACUUCUGGACUUAACAUGCAGACUGGAAAUGGCAACCCAUUUCAUGGAUUGUUGAACGGUAGAACUAUUUAUUUCUAGUACUGUACCUUUUCAUAGCAAGUUACUCUUGGUAGGUUAAUUACGAAAAUCAGAUUUUUUUUUAAGACAGACAUAUUUUUAGCCUAAUUAUUACUCUAUGAAUGUACUCGUAGGAUGAUUAAAAGAAUAUGGAUCAUGUUAAAAAAAUGAAAUGGGACAAGUUUGAUUGAAAAAGCAGUAGGUAUGAUUCCCAAUAAUUUGCCACAACGAAGAGUUAUAUUCAGCUUAGUGGGGGGAAAACAUGGGUGGAGAAGUAUAAUGUAAUGGGAAAAACAUCUGUCUUAGGCUCUGCAAGCUAAUAUCAUAAUAGACAAUGCCAGACAAAUAUAUAUUUUGUUCAAAGAAAAACACUCAUUUGUCAAUUAUAUCCCAUACAACUCCAACCAUUGUGGUUUGUAAAUCAUCAUGGUUUAACAUUUAACUAUGUGAACAGCCAAUUUAAUUUCCUCAACAAAUCAAGGCUGAUCACUACGGAUUAGCUGUAUGUAUGAAAUUGGUGAGUUUAUUCCAUCUUUCCAGGCUGAUUCCUAUAGGGAAAGAAGCUAAUCUAUACACAUAUUCAUAUUAAAAGAAUGGGACAUUGGGAAAAUAUAGACUUGCAUCAGGCAGACCCAUAUCCAUAAAUAAUUGCUGGGUCAAUAUGGUAGCCCAUCUACAAAAUGAAAUUAAAAAGAAAUAAUAGCAAUCCUCUGUAAAUGGGUGUCCAAUGCUUGUUUUGUUUACUCAUAUUAGAAAGUACUUUAUGCUGAUAUAUACUGUGAGUUUGUCAAUUACAUCUGCCUCUGGCAUGUCUCAAAUAAUAUCAAUAUUGUUUGAGGCUCUAAAGCAGAAUGACAAGCUUCACGCCUGCCCAUUUGGUCAGUUACCAUCCAGGGAGCUGGUUCACUGAAACAACAACUUUCCCUUCAUUCAAAACCCAACACUAAUCAUCAUCUUCUUCUUUUAAUGACCCCAUAAUCCCAUGCGGGGUGGAGUCUGGGCAACUGAAUGGAGCUGGCAGGGUAUUUACUGGCCGGAUGCCCUUCCUGUUGCCAAUGUGGAGUUUUGUUCAGCAAAUAUAUUCUCAUUGUGCCCAAUGAGGAAAAACAACACUAAUGACAUGGUAAAAACACAACAAAGAUUCCCAGAAAGUCAGGACUUGUGCAGUAGGUAGGUCACAAGUUAACACCAGUUAAUUUUGGCUACAGGGACAGUUGCAAGAAAUAGAUAAGAGCACCUUAGUAAUAUUGAUCUUUUAGAACCAGUAGAUAUUUUGAAACUAUGUACAUCUGUGAAAAAUUAUUGGGAAUGCUUUCAAGUGUCCAAUUUCAUUCAGGAUUGUUUUUCAUAUUAAAC